GUCCGUUCAGGCGGGCUGUUUGAGAGCUCGGGGGGACCGACGUACCUCACGUUAAGCUUGUGUAACUAAAGUUUUAUAGUUUACGGAUAGUCCAGUUUACGGAUAGUUCACGAAAAGUGACACCUUAACUUUGUUAUCGUGCGUGUGGCGAUCGAAAGCCUUCACGCAGCUGGAGGGAGUAGUAGUGUUGAUUAGCCGUGUCAAUGCGGUUAUUGUUAGCUGACUAAAAAGCAAGCUAUGGACCGACCAUCUAGGAAGACAAAGACUGUGAAUUACUGUGAGACCAAGGACUUCGAUGAUGAUGAGGAUUUUGCCUGUGUGAAGGCCCCACCCAGCAAAAAGGUCAGGGAGGAUGUGAAACAAGAACAGAAGAAAUCAUUAAGCAAAUCCUCCAGUCAAGAGGCCACCUCACAAUCAAGCCAGAAGAACAGAAAGCCACUGGACGAAAAGCUGUAUGAGAGGGAUCUCGAAGCAGCCAUUACGCUUUCCACGCUCAAUAAUGCAGGUGAAGUGAGGGACCAGUCUCAUGUCAGUAGAGGAGAUGUCAAAUUUCCAGUAGAUGAAAACACAGAUCCAGCUUCUCUGCUCCUGUCCAACUGCAGUGUGGAUGGUGCAGUUAUGGGUUUGGACAAAAUCACAUCAGAGAAAGGGUCGCCUGCCCCUGCCAGGCAGAGAAAUGCUGCCUACAAAGCUACUGAGGAGCUGAAAAACAAGGAUGGUGAUGAUGAUGAUGACUAUCAACCCAAACUGACACCAGAUUCAGAAAGCGAUGAAGAUUUCAGUGAACCAUCUGAGAGCGAAGAUGACGAGUUCAAAGUAAAGAAAGCAAGCAAGACUAAAAAGAAAGAAAAAGCAACAAAGAGUGAAAAAAACAAACAGAUUCUUGCUUCUAAAAAAGAAAAGCAACCAUCAAAACCAUCAAAGCCUAAAUCGCAAGCAGCAGCUUCUACCCCAGUGACAACACCUCCAACGGCCAAACCUGCCUCUAAAAGACCUGCGUCAUCCUCCACAGUCUGCACAUCGAAGCCUGCAGCCUCCCUGAGCCCAGCAGCGGGAAGAAUACCCAAGUGGAACCCACCAGCUCAAAUUGGAAAAAGUCCCUCCACGUCCCAGAGUCCAGCAGUGAAGUCUCCGGGUCAGGGUCUGCGGCUCGGGCUCUCCCGCCUCGUUCGAGUCAAACCUUUGCACCCUAGUGUUGCAAGCCAUUGACUGAACUGACCUCAGAGGUCAGGUCAUGUUGUGUUUUUAAAGUUUUCAGUUAUUUUUACGCAGAGACUUCUAAAUAUUAAUUUCUCUUAGUGUGAUACAAAAUGCACAAUACUGAGAGGGUCUUCACCUUGAAGCUGAUGGAGCUUAAGGGUGUUCUCUUACCCCUGGAUGCUGUUUGAGGUUAAAUUCUAAAAGUGUGAGUUCAUGUCUGAGUUUUCUUUUUUUUUGGUCCUGAAUUGUUACCUGACAUGUUACCUCCACUCAAAGCACAUUUUUUGUAAAUCUUGUACAUACAUUUAAAUAAACAUAUAAAAACAGGUUACAUGCGUGUGCUAUCUUUCCACACUUGUUAACUUUUUUCCUAAAACUGCACACGAUCCAUAAUGAAAACACAUUUAGCCAAAAAUGGCUGACAGAGCGCCUCAUAACCUUUUACAUAAUUCUCUAGAAAUGCCAGUGCAUCAGUCGUGCAUCAUUACAAGUUAGUGCCACUGUAUUAUUUAUGGUUACAGCAAGCUGGAAUAUCUUUUGAAAAUCAAUGUCAUAUAUUUACGAUAGACAUUGCCUGCAUUGUGAUUGAAAUGUUGUUUGUAAUUCCUUAAUUUCAUUUGUGGUUAUUUUGUUUCACUAGAUGCAUAAAAAGAAAGUACUUUAUUGCUUUACAGGCUGCUGGAUCAGCAAACUUCCAAAACCUCUUCUUUUAUAGAGGUGCUUACAUUAAGUGCAUUUGAUUAGCAGCUCCUGGCUUCUACUUUCCCUCUUACUUACUUUGAAUAAAUAAGAGUGUACUACUGUAUGGUUUCACAUGACUGUUGUUCCCAAACUGUGUAUUUUAUCCUCAUC